CCCAGCCGCCUGACGCGCGGAGGAGGCAGCGGGAGCCGCCGGGCCCGCAAAAGCUGAGAUCAGGGCGCCGCGCGCGAGGGGUGGGCGCCGCUUGCUCCGCCCCGCGAAGCUCCUGCGCGCCCAGGGACGCGUCCCCUCCGCGGCAGCCGCGCCAGGCUCCGCCGUGUGGCCGCCUCUGCCAUGUCCCCGGGGAAGCCCGGGGCGGGCGGAGCGGGGACUAGGUGGACCGGUUGGAGGAGGAGGUGGCGGCUGGAGGCGGCGACAGGGGCGCCCGGGUUCGGGCGUACAGCGGAGCCGGACUCCCGGGUCCCGGGCACGUACCAGGACGUGCGGGAGAUGAAGAGAGCGGUGCGGGAGGCGCAGCCGCCUCCGCGCUUACCCCGGCUGCGCUGGGCUCUGCCGCCGCUCCUCCUGCUGCUGCGCCUGGGCCAGAUUGUGUGCGCAGGUGACUCUGUUUCCAUCAGUGCGGCCCCAGUGUGGGAAAACAUGGGCACAGCUACUUCUGAGUCCACACAUCAAGUAGAGAGAGAGAUGGAAAACGGGCAGAUGAGAUUUGUUGAAAAUCAGACAGUAGGUAACAUGGGCUUACGUCCAGCGACUCCAUCCACGUUUGCUGUCACUUCAGGAGCAGCUCCCAGGGCUCAGGGAGACUCUGCCAGCACAGGAGACACCACAGAACCUCAUCCAAUUUCUGGUCCUCGUCUUGCCUUUGUGGGUGUGACACAAGUUGCUCUUAUCUGGAAAAGCGAAAAUGGCACUGUCAUCUGCCAGAUACUUCUUGAAAGCAUUAGAAGCUGUGAGGAGUUGACUCAAGACUUAGCAGCUAACAUUUCAGACCUGAAGCCAGGGAUUCAACAUAACAUCACCCUGUAUCUUUUAGAAUCAUAUGAGAAACACAGAGAUCCCCUGGCUACAGAGAGUGGCUUAGAUGCUAACAACACAGAGACCUUCACUCAGCCACCUGGGAGCCCCACUGCUCCUGCGUACCCUCUCCAUCAUACAGACCCACCCUCUGACAGUCCUCUGACUUUCCACACACAAGUCCUGGAUUUUGGGUUAACGUCUCAUGCACCGAACAAGGCACCUGUUCAUUCUCAAGCAGCAGAUGGCACAGAAGGACAGCCCCAGUGCAUAGAUUUCAGCACAAAUUCCAGUCAGACUUUUGACCUUAAAGUCGUGAACAUCAGUGCCACCAUCAUGGCCCUGUCCUGGAAAAUGGACAGUAAUGAGUCCUGUGUCUAUAUCUACAACAUUCAGGUCACCAGCAAGGACUCUAUCCUCGAUUUCAACGUCAGUGACACCCAUGCCGUCAUCUCUUCCCUCACGUCGAGUACCUUAUACAACAUCACAGUGUAUCCUUUCCUUGUCAGUGGUUCAGGGGGCAUGCCGGAGUUUCUACAAGUGUACACCCGUCCUACUCCAGUUUCUGACUUUCGAGUGACAAGUGUCAGCAUAAGGGAAAUUGGCUUAGCUUGGAGCAGCAGUGACUCAGUUUCCUUUAAGAUAUGUAUCACCCCGUGUGGAGAAACUCCAGUAAACACAACUACCAACCUAAGUAUUCUCAUUAAUGGUCUGCAGCCUGCAACCAGCUAUGUUUUUGAAAUAGUUCCACAAGGACCGAAUGGGACUGAAGGGGCUUCCCAGACAGUUGGCGGUAGAACAGACCCCAGUGCAGUGUUUGACAUCCAUGUGGUCCAUAUUACCUCAACUGAAAUGCAGUUGGAAUGGCAGAAUACAGACAAUGUGUCUGGAUACAUCUACCAUCUAAGCGUACAAUCUGAGUAUGGCACUAACAACACUAACACUUCUCACAGAGCAGCCACUCUCAGGGGCCUGAUCCCAGGCACCUUAUAUAACAUCACAGUCUCUCCAGAACUGAGCCAUGUCUGGGGAAACUCCAGCACCAUUGAACAGUACACAUGGCCCAGCAAUGUCUCCAACCUUGAAAUAAGUGUCAACACCACAGCAGCAACCUUACGUUGGCAGAACUUUGAUAAAGCUUCUCCCAUGUAUAUUUACCGCCUUCUUAUUUAUGAGGAUGGAGAGGCUCACAAGGCAACAGAAAUAGUCACAGGUGUUGGCCUCACCAGUACGACAGUCACAGAGUUAACACCUGGCUCAUUGUACACAGCAGAGAUCCUGACCCAAAUGCAGAAUGUCACCAGGUCACUGGUGCCUGUCUGCCAGUCAUUUUGCACAGAUGCUGCACCAGUAGCCACCAUCCACUGUGAGGAAGUCCCCAAAGAGCCAGCCUUGGUCCUCAAGUGGGCCUGCCCUCCUGGCACCAGCAGAGGCUUCAUGCUGGAGAUGAGCAGUGAAGCUUGGGAAAAUAAGACCAACCUGGAGAGCUGCUCCUUGGAGAAUGGCACUGAGUACAGGAUGGAAGUCACACAUUUGAAUUUUUUUACCUCGUACAAUGUCAGUAUCACUGCUUUGUCCUGUAACACCAACCCAGUACUCCCUGCCCAGAGCAUCUGCCACACUGGCGUCACAGAUCCUCCUGUUCCAGAUGGAUCCCCUAACAUUACCUCUGUCAGUCACAAUUCGGUAAAGGUUAAGUUCAGUGGGUUUGAAGCCAGCCAUGGACCUAUCAAAGCCUACGCUGUCAUUCUCACCACUGGGGAAGCUGUUCACCCAUCUGUAGAUGUUUUGAGAUACACAUAUGAAGAUUUCAAAAAGGGGGCCUCGGAUACUUAUGUGACAUACCUCAUAACAACAGAAGACAAGAGAAGUUCUCAAGGCCUGUCUGAAGUCCUAAAAUAUGAAGUUGAUGUUGGGAAUCAGUCAACCACACAUGGCUAUUACAACGGGAAACUUGCACCUCUGGGCUCCUAUCGGGCUUGUGUGGCUGGCUUUACCAAUAUUACCUUUAACCCUCAAAAUGAUGGACUCAUAGAUGGCACCGAGAGCUAUGUGUCCUUCAGUCGCUAUUCAGAUGCUGUUUUCUUGCCCCAGGAUCCAGGUGUCAUUUGUGGAGCAGUCUUUGGAUGCAUCUUUGGUGCCCUGGUUAUCGUGGCUGUGGGAAGCUUCAUCUUCUGGAGAAAGAAAAGGAAAGAUGCAAAGAAUAAUGAAGUAUCCUUUUCUCAAAUUAAAUCCAAGUUAGUCAAAGUGGAGAAUUUUGAGGCUUACUUCAAGAAACAACAAGCCGACUCCAACUGUGGGUUUGCAGAAGAAUACGAAGAUCUGAAGCUUGUUGGAAUUAGUCUACCAAAAUAUGCAGCUGAACUGGCUGAGAAUAGAGGAAAGAAUCGCUACAAUAAUGUCCUGCCCUAUGAUAUUUCUCGUGUCAAACUUUCAGUCCAGACCCAUUCAACCGACGACUAUGUUAAUGCCAACUACAUACCAGGCUACCAUUCCAAGGAAGAUUUUAUUGCCACACAAGGACCUUUACCCAACACUUUGAAAGAUUUUUGGCGCAUGGUGUGGGAGAAAAAUAUAUAUGCCAUUGUUAUGUUGACCAAAUGUGUUGAACAGGGAAGGACCAAAUGUGAGGAGUACUGGCCCUCCAAGCAGGCUCAGGACUAUGGGGACAUAACUGUGGCAAUGACAUCAGAAAUUGUUCUUCCGGAAUGGACCAUCAGAGACUUCACAGUGAAAAAUAUCCGGACAAGUGAGAGUCACCCUCUGCGACAGUUUCAUUUCACUUCCUGGCCGGACCAUGGCGUUCCUGACGCCACUGACUUGCUCAUCAACUUCCGGUACCUUGUGCGUGACUACAUGAGGCAGAGCCCUCCAGAGUCGCCGGUCCUGGUGCACUGCAGUGCUGGGGUUGGAAGGACGGGCACUUUCAUUGCCAUUGACCGUCUGAUCUACCAGAUAGAGAAUGAGAACACUGUGGAUGUGUACAGGAUUGUGUUUGACCUUCGGAUGCACAGGCCUCUAAUGGUGCAAACAGAGGACCAGUAUGUUUUUCUCAAUCAGUGUGUUCUGGAUAUCAUCAGAUCCCAGAAGGACUCAAAAGUCAAUCUCAUCUACCAGAACACAACUGCAAUGACAAUUUAUGAAAAUCUUACACCAGUGACUGCAUUUGGAAAGACAAAUGGUUACAUCGCUUAAUUCCAAAGGAAAACCUUUCUGGAGUCAAUUAGACUGUCACACCCACAGCAAAGGAAAAUGCCCCAAUGUUGACAUGUUUUUAUGUGUCUAAUACCUUAAUUCUUUGUUCUGUUUUGUUAGAACUUAUUUGAGGGUGUGAAGCUGCAUGUGUAAAACAUGACAAUGAGAAGUUGGGGCCAUCAGGAGCUGUGGGUGGGUGGUGAGCAAAUCAACUCCAUUCCGAUUACCAGUGGGAUGAGCUCACUUUUUUUUCUUGAAAAUUAUGGAACAGCAGGAAAAGUGAGCUAUGAUUUUUUUUUUCUUUUUCAAAACAGAUUCUUUUUAAAAGAGAAAAUUUUAUAUGAUUCACAUGCUAAAGCCAGGAUUGUGUUGGGUUGAAUAUAUUUUAAGUAUCAGAGGUCUAUUUUUACCUACUGUAUCUUGGAAUCUAGCUGAUGGAAAAUACAUAAUUGUGGAUGAUUAUCACUUAGGGAUGGGUAUGUGGUGCCUCUUCCCCCUGGGUUUUCUAUUUGAACAUGUGCCUUUUCUGAAUUAUGCUUCCACAGGCAAAACUCAGUAGAUAUCUAUAUUUUUGUAUUGAAUCUCAUAAUUGGAAUAUGCAGAAUAUUUAAACUGUAGUUUAGUAUCAGAGGUUCAGCCUUCUCAGUAAGAUUUCUGUUCUCAUUUGAUUAGAGGAGGCCUCCCCCAAGCCUACUCCCCACACCCCCAUUUUAUGCUCUCUUUUUUCUUCCUUUUGCCCUACAGUUUUCCCCAAAGACACUUUUGUUGGCCACAUUUCAGCCCAUUGGUUGAGUGAGAGUGGAAACUGUCACCUUGAGAAUUUCUGGUGGGGAGGAAGUGGAGGAGCCCCUCAGUGAUGUAAUCUUUUCUUAUCCCUGUUUUAUCCUUUUUCUCAUUUCAGUAUUUGGUAAGAAGGAUUAUUUAUAGGUGCAAUAUGUGACUUAGUGAUUCAUGAUGCUCUAGGUUUUUAGUAACGUUUUACUCAGGUUGGCAUUUGAUGUGUGUCUGUGUGUCCUGUGUGUGUGUUUUUAAAAGUGUGGCAAUCUGUGAACACUUCAGUCUGAAAACUGUCCAAUUAAUCCCUCCUCCCUCAAAGUCCACUGGCUUUAGUCUCUCUGCAGUGACACAUAUUGGUAUCUACUGUGUGUGUGUGUGUGUGUGUGUGUAUAUUAUAUAUAUAUAUAUAUAUAUAUAUAUAUAUACUAAACUCCUAAAACAGUCAUUUCUUUGAAUUGAGGUGUAAAGUUUGAGUUUGUAUCAAAGAUGUAAUUAUUAUUUUUAAAACUGCUUUUCACUAUACUGCUGCUAUAAUUACUUUGAUUAUUUUUAAUGUAGAUUAAUAUUUUAUUUUUGUUUUUUUUUUGCUUCAGGUGUGUAUUCACCAGGAAUCUCAGAAUUUAUGUGGAUUUAUUUUAUUGGUACAUAAUCUGUAAACUUCUAAAGGCAUUAACAUGAAAGGAUUUGUUUCUUUUUAUUUUACAUUGUGGCUCAGGUUGUAUUUUGAAGAAGUUUUGAGUUUCUUCUCCAAUAGGCAAUGAAGUAUAUGAGGUCUUAUGAAGGAAUUCCCAAGUCCCUGGAGUCUUGUGGCAGUUCUCCAUAGUAAUAAAUCCUGCUGUAAACUUAGGACAAUGUGUCAUUUUGAAAAUGGGAGCAGGGUCUUCUCUGCGUGCCCUGGUCACUGCUGCCCUGUGGGAGCCCAUCUCCUGACCCUGCCGUGCUCCUUGACUCGCUGACACUUUGAUGACUGACUCGACACGUUAGUGAGUUAUGAAGGCUGAACCACAGCGUGCUGAGAGCCUUGAUCUGGUCCAGAGGUUCAGCACUGCCUGUCUUUUGUCCCCUCUCCCUCUGAGGUACUGAAAGGAUUAAAAGGAGAGGUGGUGGUGGUGUGCUUUGGUAGAACCUUCCUUCCCAAAGGGAAAUUGCACUUCUUGCAGAAUUCUUUGCUCUCUUGGGUAGUAGGCAGUCCAUUCAGUCUCAGGCCCUUAAAGAAAUGGGUUGACCAGGCCAGGGCGUGACCACUUGACUCAGCUUCAGAGGGGCUUUGGCCCUGUGGGUUGGAUUAGGGAAGCCACAUCAUCCCAGGGUAUUGAGAGAAACUGGGCGGAUGGCUUCCUUUGCUCUGGUCUUCCCCUUAAUGCAUGCGGCCCUGGAGAGUUCUGCAGCUUCCUCCAAAGGUCCCUGUGGAGCCAGUGGGUUAGGGACACACCUUUCCUCACUCCCGUUUGUCAGGAAACCAUUGUGAUGGAUGUCUGUCAAGUCCCAUGUAGAUGCCCCACCCUUUCCUGCCCAUGUCACUGCCAUGGAGAAUUUGGAGGGGACUUGGCUUUAAUUCCUUUAAAAAGUUAAAGCAACAAUAAUUAUAAACAUAUUGUAUAAAAAUGCAAAAAAACAGAAACCCUCCUGCCUUCUGCCUGGUGUGGGCUUGGGACGUGGCAGCAGCCCCAGCAAGCCGCUCCAAUACUGUUCCUGACCAGGGAAGAAGGCUCAUGGUGGAGAGGCAUGGGUUCCACAUGGCAGCUCACACCAAGGUCAUGGUGCAUCUCUGCAUCCUGAAGAGGUUUGCAGAUGGGACCCAUGGGUCAUUAAUAGCACAGUGACUGAAAAGGGAGGAUAAACGUGUAAAUAUAAAGGACAUGUGGGCCGGGGGUUGGCCAGAGAGAAGAGAAGGUGCUUUUGAGCUGCCCCAAACCCUCCCAGGAGCAGUGAGCUAAGAUUUGAGGGGUCCCAUGGCAUGGUGGGCAUGUGUGGCUCCCCUGGCUGUAGUACUAGCCAUUUGCACACACAGAAGCAGCCGGGGUGGGAGUAGUUGAAAGCACUAAAGGUUGAUGGUCAGUUGGUAUGGAGAAUUUGGGCCAUAGACAUUUUCUUCCAAGAGCCAGGAUAUUUUGCCUCCAGAGUUACAUCUAGUGGUGAAUGGUGCCAGCAGGAAACGGUGGUGCCCAUGUCCUGUGGCUACCUGGUAACCUCAGCUAGGCCCUGACAUAUGUGGCUCCACUGGGUUGGGCUUCAUCAGGUCAGAGGCCCCUGGGGGGUGGGGGCCAACUCUGUAGGGGAUUUGUGUUUGCUUUUCGUCUGAGAUGAAGAGUCCUGGUUUUCCCCUUAAACGUUUGAUUUCGUUAUGAAGCUAAUAAGCAAGACUAGGUCACUGAUGUUGCUUUGCCUCCAAAGCCCAAGCUCUGAGUUUCUCGUCUAUGUGUAGCAGUCAAGUGUUGAACAUACCAUAGUUUUUCUCCCUUGGGGGCGCGUAUGAAUAGGAUGUGUUGAUGUGGACUCUAAAACUGUAAUUUCCUUCUAACUAUUUUGGAAUCUCUAAUUUCCAAUGCAUAUUUCCAAUGUUUGUUAUACUUGUAACAGAGUAUUGCUGUUGGUUGCUUCUUUUUUUUUUUCUAAGGAAAAAAUGGCCUGAAAAAAAAAUUUUUUAAGACUUACAAAUAGCAAAUAUAAAAAAUGUCAACACAUUAUCCCUUUGUUUGUUUAUUUUCCCGCAUCCUUACUUUAUGUCCAUACCACUGUAUUACCAUGUAGUUUACUGGCCUGCAUUCACUUGGAGUAUCCUUAGCAAAAACGUGUUUCCCUUGGGAUUUUCUUCCUGGUAUUAGCUUGCUGGGGCCGCUGUAACAGAGUGCCACAGACUGAGGGGUUUGAGCAAAUGAAUUUUCUCACAGUCUUGCAGCUUGAAGUCUGAGAUCAAGGUGACCGUAGAGUCGGCUUCUUCUGAGGCUGCUCUCCUUGGCCUGUAGGUGGCUGUCUCCCUGUGGACACGUGGUCUUCCUCCUGGGUGUGUCUGUGGCCUAAUCACCAUGUUCUCUCAGGACACUAGGCAUGGUGGAGUAGGGCCCACCCUAACCACCUAAGUUAAUCUUAAUUACCUCUUUAAAGACCCUGUCUCCACAUACCUUUUGAGGUACCGGGUUUAGGACUUUAACAUGAAUUUUGAAGAGACAUAAUUCAGCCCCAAACACACAUGCAGCGUGAUGAGGUGAAGAGGAGCCUUGGCCGAACUGCAUGUGUGUCUCUGAUGCAGCUGCACUUGCUCUCAGAGGGCCAGGCCCAUGGGUCAGCAGGUGCACAGACACCCACUUGGUGGUGGCAUACAUGCCUCAGGCAUGCAGGAUUUUUAGAGGGCUUUUUGUUAAUGGAUUCAGAGAAUCGCAGAAUUAAUUGGUAUUCUGUGGCAUUUUGUGUGGUUUUUAUUUCCUGUCUCCCCCCUUAUCCAUUGAUGCAAACUCUAAGCAGACUAAGAUGAUUUUGUUUUGAGCUCUCUUUUGUUUAUCUUUCCUGAGACAAAUCCAUUCAACAGCUAUGAAUUGAGUGCCUACUAUGCACCUGCCACUACACCUCAGUGGCUGAGGGCUCAGCAGUGAACAAAGCGGACAAAAAUUUGUGCCCUCAUGUAGCGUCUGUUCUGAUAAGGUUGCUGCAGCAGUUCAUCAUCCCCACGUGAGAGGCCUUGUGGUCACACUGCAUCAGGGAGAAAGCUCUGCAACACCCCCCACAUGCUCUCCACACGACCCCUGCUUUGGGGGAGAGACUGGGCAGCAGCAGAACACACUUCUUUGGCCUGGCAGGGAGGCAAAGAUGAAUGUAGAAGUCCUGCCCAUGAGAAGCAGACAGUCCGCAGGGAGGGGCAGUGGUAUGUGUGAUGCAAAUGCAAACUGAAACCCGAGAAAUACCAGGGGUUGAAAGGAAUAGGUUAAUGGAUUCCAGAAGACUUAAGAGUACAUGGUAUUUGAGCUGUCUUAAACAGAAUUUCAGCAUAAGAAUAAAGGGGGUAAGGCUGUGGCUGUGGAAGUGGAUGCCUUUCUUGGAGAAUGAGAGCUUUUCAGGGAAGCUGGUGCAUGAGAUGCAGGAAGGGGUGAGGUGGUGGCUGUGACCUUGAAAGGCAUGAGCCUUAGAAUUGUGUGUGGUUGAGACAGUCUCACCUUUAAAACUGCACCAGGUGCACAUGCAUGUGUGUGUACACACAUAUAUAUGAGUAAACACACACAUACACAGUUCUGCCUUCACUGUUGUCUUUGGGUGGAAGCUGCAUGUUGGUCACAUGGUGUCCAUCACAGGACAGAGGAAAGGACACCAGACCCUUGACUGGCUAAUGCCAAUUAUGUCCUGUUAAUGUGAGUAAAAAGCGUAAUUUACCACACGGAACAGGGGACAGCAGAGCACUUUCUGUGGGAGCCAUGUCCCUGGCUGUCAGGUCCUUGCUAGGUUCUUAGCCGUCACAGACAUUGGACAGAUCAGUAAGGGGCCUCUCAGGGCUUUCCAGGACGUUGCCAGCGGCAUUCUCUCUGUCCCUGCCUUCCCUCUCUCUCUCUCUCUCUCUCACUGUCCUUGCCCUUCACAACCAUCUGGAGACAUGGCUCGAUGCUGCCUGGCUUUCCAAGUGCAAAAUAACUAGUAACAAUCUAGCACAUUCCUGGGUUGUGUACUGUGGAGUGCUGUGUGGACAAAGGUUGGUGUUCCAGGAAUGGUGUCCCUCAGUGGGCCCAGCUUUGCCCCAGGCCCAUUGCUGUUUACUUUUCUGAUUAGGUAAAAAGUACAGAUGUGGAGCAUAUCACAGUUUAAUUACUCCAGACACAAUUGCUCCACUGGUUGAGGAUAGAAGGUGUUUUGCUUUUAAAAAGAUGCUCCUGGAUGUAUGGUGGUAUGAAGGGUGGCCUGGGUCUGGAGGCUUGAGCUGUAGUUCUUCUCUUACCCAAAUUGAUUGAGUGGAAAUCACAGGACUUUUCUACUUUUGAUAGAUAGGUAGCAGAAAGCUGAAGCUUUUCUGGAGUGUUGGGAGUGCCGUGUCUGUGGCUUACUGAAUACAUAGCCCUGUGCCCCUGAGCAGAGGUCGACGUAGGUUAACAUCUUAUUCAGGCUGAGGAAGUUUAGAGACUUAGGCUCCUACAAGGGCAUCCUCCCAUGGGUAUUGUGAGCCCCAGUGUCAUCUAGCCAUCACACCAUCAACUGGGAAGUUUCCAGGGGCUUACCCUAAUGUCUCAGGCCCUGCCACUGAGCAGAGUGGGGGCUUGAGAUUAAGUUGAGUAAGAAAAAGGUGACAGUUAACAUUUUUUGCAUAUAGGCAUAUGGUUAUAAUUUUGAUGCUGUAACAUGCUGAGACACACAGCCUAUUGCCUGGGAUAUUAAAAUCCAAUAUUCAUUUAUCUACUUAAAUUUUUAUUGGUCAUCUAUGGGCUGGCAGUGGGCCCUGGGUAUGUAUGUUUGUGAACAAAACAGGCAUGAUCACUGGCCUUGUGGAAUGUAAGGGCCCAUCAGAGAGACAGGAAAUUAGAAUCAAACACACAUCUGCUGACACUGCAGCUCAAAUGAGGCAGCCAUCCUGGAGGGAGGGACAAGAAGGGCAGAGUGCACCAGACCCCAGUGAAUUUUGCACUUUGAAGAACAGUUAGAAGACUGGAUCUCUGGACCAUAGCUAGUGAGGGAGUGAAGAGCAUGAUAUGAAGCUGGAGAUGUAGGCAGGCAAUCGUGCUGGGCUUUAUGAGCUGUGGGAAGGAGAUGGGAUGUGAGUCUACAAGCAGUGGGAGGCCAUCAGAGUUUCCAGUAGCAGGUGUCAUGAUUGUGCUUGUCACUGUACAGAGAAUGGGUUGUUGAAGGGGAGACUGGAAGCAGGGAAACCUGUUAAUACUUUUGGAAAAGAUAAUAGUAAUUUGGGGAGGAUAAUGGCCGUGAAGAAGGAGUGAGUUGGGAGGAUCUGAGACACAUGAUUGCUAUGAGCCACAGCACUCCCCUCCCUUGUCUCUGGCUAAAGACAAGGCCAGGUGAUUUGCUUUGGCCCACACAGUUGUGGGUGGAAGUGAUAGCACUAGUUCUGAACCCAGACUGUAAGAGACUUGGUUCACUCUUGUACUUCAACCAUUGCUGUGAACAGAAAAUCUCCCCUGGGCAGCUGCUGUUCUGUGAGCCUGGGCCCUAGAAUGCAUAUAUGUGGAGCAGAGCUGCCCUGGCUGGGCUCCACCAUGGACACCUGGCCCAGCCCUGCCUAGGUUAGCUGGCCUCUACCUGACCUACACAUCUAUGUGAAUAACUGACUCCAUGAGAAUCUGUGACUUUGGGGUCAUUUAUUAAAGUAGCUUUUUUUCUUUGUGGCAAUAACUAACCAAAACAGCCUCAUAGCUAGUAAUUGGAACUGGGAUCUGAACCAACUCUAAAACUUGGUUUUUUGUCAUUUCUUUCAACAGUAGAUGAUUUUGUUUAAGAUAGUCAAUUUCUUAACAUGGCAAUUAUGAAUAGAAUCUGGGGUUAUCUAUCACAUAAGAGAAAAAAGUCAGGAUUUGCUUACACGCCUCUGCUAAAGGCCUUCACUAAAGAUUAUGAUACGAUCUGCUCUCUGGGCUUCCUGCUCAGAGAUGACACUUGGUAGGGGAAUGCAUCCAUAGUCUUCAUGCUUUGAUUCAGGCCAAAGUUGUCACAAAACUCUUCUGCAUCCACUAUUGGUUUGGGGAGGGCAGGAGGAUGCAAUAAAUCAAAUUCUUUAAAUUCUAUUGCCGACCUAUUGUUAGCUGUGUGCUUUUUGAAAAAAAUAGGCUAAAUUACAGAAUGGCCUAGCAUUCAAAUGUCUUCUGCUUCCAGAACUUAGUUUGAUAAAAAUUAGUAGAGCCAACUUGGGUGUACAGCACUGGGAAUAAAUAUUUGAUGAUCUUGUGCUUUUAUCAUAUGUAAAGCUUAAGUGAAAAAGCUAUUUAUAAAACUUCCAGUAGGGAAUAAUCACAUUAGCAAAUUAGGUAAAUGCAUAAAAGACAAAGACAACUCCAGAAUAAUGUAAUGGUGGGAUUAUGAGUGGCUUUUAUUUUUAUUUUCACUUGCCUCAUUUUCCAGUUUCUCUCAAUGAAUAUGGCAUGCUUGUUAAGAAUAAUUAAAACAGUAUUUUUUCUCUCUGAUUAAAAAAGCUACAAUGUAUUUUUAAAUAUGUCAGAUUUUAAAAAGUUCUUUAGAAUGAGUGUGAACACAAGGCUUGGAAGUACCUCUUCUUGCUAGCAGUUUGUUAAAAAAGAACUUUAAGUUUUUGGACAUUAGAUUCUGAGCUGUAAAGCUGGAGGAGACAAGGGCCCCUUUAUUGUCCCUGGGUGGGUGGGGGUCUGCCAGGGUCGAGGGUGAGUUGGCAUCUGGGGAGCAGAAGAAGGCAGGGAGUAUAGAGGUUCCCACAAGUUCUGACAGCCCUCCCAUCCCUUCUUGUAUUUCGCAGUUACCUCCAGCGCUGGACAGGAGAGAUCCCUGGCACUGCUGAAGAAAAACAUGAGACCAGAGCUUUUACCUCCUAUCAAGGUCACUUUGCUGCAGGCAGGAAAUUUAGAUAAGAAAAACAAGGAAAACUAUCCCACGUUCUCAACCAGGACGGCCCCAGGACCCUUGCCUUCAGGAGCAGCCCUGUGCGAGGCCCACCUGGUGAGGAGCUGAACCUCCUGCCACCUGUAAUCCUGGAAGCAUUUUCUCCAGCUCCAGUUAGGCCUUCAGAUGACUGUGGCCCAGCCAACAGCCUGACUGAAACUCCCUGGGAGACCCUGAGCCAGAACUAUCCAGCUAAGCUGCUACCAGGUUCCUGAUCCUCAGAAACUGCUCUAGGCUUUGGAGUCAGAUGGCCCUGAUUUAUAUCCUAACUGACCACCAGUUGUGAUAGUGUGAGACAAGCCACUCCACCUCUUUGAGCCUCUAGUUCUUUGCCUGUAACGUGAGGAUAAAAGCAUUUACUUACAGCCUUAAAUGAGAUAAUGCGUGCAAAAUUAAAGAUGAACUGCUGGCUGCUGCUUUGUGGAGGCAGAGGCAGAAAGUUUCCUUGGAGUAAAUGUCUUUGUUAUGUGAAGUUAAUUGAGUGCCCUGCUUAAUAAUGCAGAAGUAGUGUGUGUAGGUACCUAUUUAUUAUGAAUUUCCUGAGGCAGAGCAAGAAGGGCCUUUUUUCUUGGUAUGUACAAUUUUUGUACACAGCAAGGGGCUUUCUGGGAGGGAAAGGGCUGAGACCCCUAACUUUUGGUUUCUGAGAUUUCCAAUUAUGGAAACCUAUUUUGGUGGUUCACAGUAACAUUGACUAUGAUCCACCAGCAUAAAAGAAGAUUAAAAGCCCCAAGAGGGAAUCCAGGAGGUUAAGAGGGACCAGAGUGGGUGAUAGAGGUUCAGCGCUUGAGUUUGUGGGGGAGGCUUGAUUUGGCGCAGCAUGUGGCCGGGACUGGAAGUACCUCUGGAUCUAGCCAUCCUGGACUCUCAUGCUUUGGGGAGCAAUAGCUGAGCCCAUGAGAAUGAAAAAAGAGAGUUAUGACCCUAGAGCUCAGAUAUGGAGUCUAAGUAUGGCAUAGAGGGGUCCAGCACCAUCACAGCCAUGGGCAGUGGACCCACAUCCAUCAGAUUAUGCAGGACCAGUUACAUGGUGUGAACACAGACAAAGCCUGGUCAGAUUUUUAAUUCCUCUCUUCCCACAUGGCCUGUGGAAGCAGGAGUCCUUUGGACUGAAAGUUCCUCAGAAAAGUUCUUGGACUAUCUGGGACACGGAUGGGGUCCAGCAUUAUGUGAGAGGUAAUGAACUCUUGCUAACAAAGAAGGUGUGGCCUUGAACCAUUAGAUGGAUAAAUAACAGAUGUAAUUUAAUUUGUA